AUGGGUCGUGAGGAGAUGCAGGCUCGUCUCAAAGAGCUGGAGACAGAGAAGUCUGUUCUCGAAUGGGCUCUUGAAGCUAGCCUUCACGAAAAAGACGUCGACACUGAUGACGAAGAUAACAAGUCCAACUCUUUGUCCACCUACACUAUGACAAAGUACCCAGCCUCAGAGCAUGCAGGCGAUGACGCCCUGGUUCAUGUCUAUCCGACCGAUCCCAUCUCCGAUACCGAGUCCUCUAUCUCGCUGCACAGUGAGCAGUCUGUCUGCUCGAAUGCCUCUACUAUGGCUCGUAUCAAGUUCACUCCCACCUUUCAUGUUCACAAGGCUGUCCAGUCGGACCCUGCGUCUUACCUUUACGAUGGUACUGGAAUGUCUGAAGAUGGCUGGGAGGAUGAAGAGACUAUUCGCGGUUCUACUAUCAAUAUUGGAAAGGCAGAGGAGGCAGAGGAGGCAGAGGAGGACACCAAUGCUACUGACCCCAAGUCUCCUCUCAACAUUACCAACCCUCACCCGACUCUUUCCAUCUCGACCGAGUUUCUUCAGAAGGCUAUCUUCGACAGCCGUAAGCCUGGAAGUAACUUCAUCCGUUCCCUACUCCACCGCGAACCUGUCGACGGCAAAGCAGAUGAAUACACCGAGUGGAAGUGGGUUCCCUUCCUUGUCUUUGGCGCCGCAGCUGAGCUUGUCCCGACCAACAUUGCCAAGGGCGACAUCGAGAUGAUCUGCAUCAAGGACACUCAAUUCACCCAAAUGAUUCAGAACAACAAGAAGAUGUUCGAAGAACCCGGAAGUCUUGCUGCUAAGUCAGUUCUUCACGAAGAGCUCAAGCCUGUCUUCAAUGGUCCCGAGUCUUGGGGCUUCCGCGUUCUGGUCUGGCGCCUUCACUCUUCCGAGAAGACUGUCUACAUGGACCGUGAGGGUCACUCUAUCCCUGGAAAGGCUGGGACUCUUCCAUGA